AUGUCCGGGGCAGCCAAAAGAGCCGCCUCGCCAACUAGAGCCAUCUCUCCGCCCCCGCUCAAAAGAAGAGUUGAGUCAACAGUCACAAAGCGCACUGUCGCCUCCUUUUUCACACCUACAUCUCAGAAGAAGCCCGAGAAGAUCACAUGGAGGGUCGUCAACAACAGCCUUGUGGUUGGAAAGUAUACGACCGGUCCAGAUGAACAACCUGCACGAAGAGAGAAGGCCAAAGUGGCCGCCUUCGAUCUUGACUCCACUUUGGUCGUGACAGCCUCCGGCAACACCUUUCCCAGGAACUCUUCAGAUUGGAAGUGGUACCAUGUCGUGAUCAUGUCCAACCAGAAGAGGAUCAGCCUUCAGAAAGACCUCAAGGGCGGCCGAGCCGAUUCGAAGAGCUUGACUAAUUUCAAGGAGAGGGUGGCCGGCGUGAUGCGCCAGAUAGACAUCCCGAUCAGCGUCUAUGCCGCCACGGCAGACGACGAGAAUAGGAAACCGCGGACGGGAAUGUGGAAGGAGUUUGUGGAAGACUACGACCUCGAUGUCUUCGGCGUAGACCUGUCCGAAUCAUUCUACGUGGGAGAUGCGGCCGGCCGUCCCCGGGAUCACUCCAUGGUAGACCGAGGCUUCGCGUUAAACGUCGGGAUCCCAUUCAAGACACCCGAAGAGUUCUUCCUGAAUGAGGCGGCGCAAGAUGUCCCGGUGCCCUUCAACCCUUCUUCCUACCUCAAGACAGACCCGGCGGACGACGUGUCUAUCCCGUUCGCCCGCCAAAGUUCCCGGGAACUUGUCCUCUUCUGCGGCAGCCCUGGAGCUGGCAAAUCGACGUUUUACUGGAAUUACCUCGAGCCAUUGGGUUACGAGCGAGUCAACCAGGACAAUCUCAAGACGAGACAGAAAUGUAUCAAAGUCGCCAAAGAGUUUCUCGCGGCCGGUUCCUCCGUCGUCGUGGACAACACCAACGCAGACCCCAACACACGCGCCGAAUGGGUGCGCGUCGCACAGGAACUCAACGUCCCCAUCCGAUGCGUACACUUCACCAGUCCGCCGGAACUAUGUAAACACAACAACGCCGUCCGCGCUGCGAACCGAACGUUGAACCCCGAAUCCCGCACGUCACUCCCUGGCAUCGCAUUCGGCGACUUCCUGAAACGGUUCAGAGAGCCCACCAUGGAGGAGGGUUUCAGUGACAUCGUCCGCGUGGACUUUCGGUUUCGGGGGAACGAGGAGGCGAGACGGAUAUGGGGGCAGUACUGGGUUUGA